AGUUUUGUUUCUUGUUCUUUCUCUCGAUUACACACCUGUGGUUCAAACGGAGGCAGUGACUCUGUCGCCCUCUGUCGUUCAGAUUGUGAAGUAAUCAUUUUCAAUCGAAACUUCCAGGCUCGUCAAACCAGGAAGAUAAACAUGGGCCUCUGGACAGCUGCCGCCGUUGUAGGAGGAGCAGCAGUGGCUGUGGUCUCUGCUCCUUUUGCUCUGGGAGCUGCAGGUUUCACCUCAGCUGGAAUAGCAGGAGGAUCCGCUGCUGCUAAAAUGAUGUCGGCUGCUGCAGUUGCUAAUGGAGGUGGCGUGGCAGCAGGAAGUCUGGUGGCUGUUUUGCAAUCAGCAGGUGCAGCUGGUCUGUCAGGGGCUGCCACUGCAGCUGUGGCCGGCACUGGAGGAGCAGUGGGAUGGCUGGCUAGCCUCUUCAGACGGAAAUAAAUGAACAAGAUUCAUUAAUAUGAUUGUUUUUUUGUUUUUGUUUGGUUGGUUGUUUUUUGGCCAAAUCUAGGAGCCAAUCACAAGUUCAGCCAUUCACCUAAGUAUACAGCACUCUCAUGUUCUCAGACAUUUGACAUAUGAAAUAAAUCUGUAUAACCUGU